AUGGACACUACGGCCCAGCUUCGCACCGCCGGCGACCUGCUGCCCAGCCGUCGUGGCGAGCAGCAGCAGCGUUCUCGCCCAACCGCGGCCCAGCGUCGGCCGCGCUCUCGACCGCGCGCUCGCCCUUGCCGGGACCGCGACGAGGCCAAGGAGGGUGCCGGCGCGAGGACGAGUGGCAGCGUCGCCGGCACGAGCGUCAGUGCGAGCGCGAGCGCGAGCGCGAGUGCCAGUGCCAGUGCCAGUGCCAGCGCCAGUGCCCGUGCCAGCGCGAGUGCGAGCGCCAGCGCCAGCGCCUCGACGGCCACCACUCCACUGUCCCUGGCGAUCCUGCCAGCGGGCGCUGCAGCGGCGGCGGCACCCCAGCAGCACCAGCAGCACCAACCCCAGCAGCACCAGCAGCACCAGCAGCACCAGCACCAGCAGCACCAGCAGCACCAGCAGCACCAGCAGCACCAGCACCAGCACCAGCAGCCCCAGCAGCCCCAGCAGCCCCAGCAGCCCCAGCAGCCCCAGCAGCCCCAGCACCUGCACCAGCACCUGCAACACCAGCAACACCAGCACCAGCAGCACCAGCACCAGCGCAUGCAGCAGCGCCAACGGCGGCCGCAGCAGCACCAGCAGCAAGCACCCCUGCCCCACUCCAACGAUUGGCCCCCCCCGCAGGCUUGCUACGAAUACGGGUACGCUGCUGCUGUCAACACCAACGCCACUCCUCGAACCAUUGACCGGGGCAGCGACGCCGACAAAUCCAACAACGCCAGCGCCCAUGCCACCGCCGCCACCGCCAACGGCGACGCCGAUUCCAGCACCAACACCAUUGCCGGUACCAUCACGAGCACGAGCACGAGCACCCUCCCGAGCGGAGGCAUCGCCAUCGCCAUAGCCAACGGCUCCAACAGCGGCACCGGCAUCGUCGCCAGCGGCACCAGCAAUCCCGUCGCCGGCCUCGGCCUCAGCAGGCGCUCGACCGCCUCCCGCUGCUCCUUCUCGGCACCUCAGUCACGAGCCCACUCGCCACCGCCCACGCCCUCGACGUCGACCAAGGCGACCCUCGCCAUCGCGCCCUCGGCAGCGAUGCCAGGCCGGCCAUGUGGCAAACGGCCGGCCGACGGCGGCGGCAUCGACGAUGGCCAGAACCCGGGCCAGCACUUCGACCACGGCUACAACAACGGCGAUGGCGGCGGUCGCAUGAAACUGCCACGCCUCGAUCGCGGCCCCGGCGAGUUUUCCUCCCUCGUCAAGAGCCGGCUGCAGUCGCACACCCGCACGGGGCAGGCCUGCGACCGCUGCAAGGUACCCUUUCCCGCUCGGCUUCUCGCGCUCUCUCUCGCUCUCUCGCUCUCGUCGUCUUUCUCGCUCGAAUUGAUUGUCGUCGUCGUCGUCGUCGUCGUUGUUCGCAAGAUCCGCUGCGACGGCCUCCCUGAGGGCUGCUCCCACUGCACCGGCCUCGGCCUCGAGUGCAACGUCACCGACCGCAUCACCGGACGCACCGAGCGGAGGGGCUACAUGCAGGAGCUCGAGCGCGAGCAGAGGGGCAUGCAGACGCACAUCGCCGACCUCGAAAAGCUCCUGCGCAGCCGCGGCCUCGAGGUCAAGCCCUGGCAGGGCGCCGCCUGGGCCCAGUACGCGCCCGACGUCACCGUCGACGAGCUCGGCAACACCGUCCGCGAUCCUGGCGCCAAGGGGACCUGGUCCCGUGUCGAUUCCCUCUGGAUCAAGGACGGCGCCGACACGAAGCCCUCGGCCCCCGACUCGCCCGCCGCCAACCGGCCGCGAAACCUCUGGCAGUCUCGCCCGGCCAACGCCCACAUCGGCGUCGGCCCCGACAACGCCCCCCUGAGCUCCAUCCACGGCACGAAGCUCUCCAUCCUCGGCACGACCAUCGAUACCACCUCCUUCGACCUGCCCGACAUGGACGAGCCCUGGGACAGCGACGAGCCCCAGCUGCUCUACAACAAAUCCGUACAAGCCUUCCUCCAGACCUGCAUGCACGUCCAGCCGCCGGCCACGGCCCAGCUCCCCCUCCGCGGCGACGCCUUUACCAACGCCGAGCACUACUUUCUCGCCAUCGGCGCCUUUGUCCCCAUCCUCCACAAGCCCUCCUUCAUGCAGCUCCUGACGAGAAUGUACGACGAGCCCGACUUCGAACCGACCGUGCCCGAGGCCGUCAUCGUCCACAUGGUCAUGGCCACCAUGCUCUUCCACCACGGCGUUCGCAACGUCACCUCGGCCGAGCAGCGCAAGGAGUGCAACGACCGGUCCAACAAGCACUACCACUUCGCCCUCAGCAAGCUGUACGACCUCCUCCUCUCCCCCGACCUCGAAGCCGUCCAGGCGCUCGCCCUCAUCGCCUCCCACACCCGCUCCUUCCCCAAGCCCGGCUGCGGCUCCAUCGUCACGAGCAUGGCCAUGCACCGCGCCAUCGAGCUCAAGCUCCACCGGACGACGAGGAAGCCGGGCGAGGGCACCGACCUCCAGCACGAGCUGCGCAAGCGCACCUGGUGGGCCAUCCUCACCGUCGCCGUCGCCAUCUCGGGCCGCCGCGGCUGCCCGCUGCCCAUCAACGUCCAGGACUUUGACACCGACUUCCCCGAGCCCAUCGCCGACGACCUCCUCUCCGACCAGGGCGUCGACACCUCGCGGACGGGCACGUGCCAGUACCUCGUCGGCAUCGCCGGCUUCAAGAUCGUGCCCCUCUUCAUGGAGAUGUACGCCAACGUCUACUGCGUCCGCCGCGACGCCCAAAACUACAUCAACGUCGUCGCCGCCCUCGAGAAGCAGCUCGAGCAGUGGAACGAGGCCCUGCCGGACAGCCUGCGCAUCAGCCACUACGGCGGCUACGAGAACGCGCCCAUCCCGGCCAUCUACGCCAAGACCUUUGGCCUCGAGCUGCGCCUCUGCCUCCGCCAUCCCUCCGUGGCCAUGACGACGGACAAGGCCAUGAUGGCCGAGAACACGCGCAUCUGCGAGGAGGCCGGCCGCGAGUUCCUCCACUGCUCCACCUAUCUCUACCGCGCCCGCUCGCUCGACACCACCUGGUACCAGAUGUCCGUCUACGGCGUCUGCAUCUUCUCCAUGCUCGUCGCCCACUGGGAGAGGCGCUUCGAGACGACGGCCAAGGAGGUGCAGGUGCUGCGGGAGGAGAUGCAGAGCUGGAUGGUAAUCGUCGGCGAGACGAGCUCGCUGCUGGGCUGCGGACCGAACAUGAGCAACCAGAUGGGGCAGAUUAUCGAUCAGACCAUUGGCUGGAUCGAGCACGACAUGUCGCAGAGCAUCCCCUCGUCGUCGCCGCCCGAGCCGGCGCCCGUGAAGAAGGAGAACGCGUCGUCGGUGCCGGCGCCGGCGCCGAGCCAACCCGAGACGGCGGCAUACCCCACGCUGGGGUACGACCCGGCCGCGCCUCCGUACCAGCCCACGCCCGCCGCGCUGUUCUACGACGCCGCCGCCGCCUCGGCCUCGGCCGCCAUCGUUCCCGGAAACGCGGCGGACCCUCUCGCCGCCGCCUUCGCUCCGCGGACGGCGCAGCAGGUGCCCGUGCCCGUGCCGGCCGACGAUGCCCUGUGGCAGGUCGGCCGCGGGAAUCCCUGGCACGACUGGACGGCCGCCAUCGCCGACAGCCAGGAGCGCUUCGGCGCCGGCGCGCUCCUCACCCUCGGCAGCAACGGCAGGUCGAUGAGCUCGUCCGUGCUGGCGGAUGGCUCGAUGGCAUCGACGGCCGAGGAUCUCGGCAUGAUGGCCUCGGGCGGUCAGUGGCCGUCGAUUGCCUUUGACAUGGCGAACCCAUGA